AUGGACGUCCAUGGCCAGCCAUUCUGUGUCUCUAGCGCACUUUGCAGACUCUGCCAGUUUUGGUUUCGCGAUGGAGAGUCCGUCACUGCAGACCUAAGAGACACCAAGGCCAGAAAUCUGGUUUCUUUUCCGUUCGCACAGAAUGGGACACAUGUAGAUGGGCAUGUGACGAUUCACAUCGCCUGCACCAAGCGAGGCUGCUGGUGCCAGCCGGGAAUCCUCUGCUUUCAUACCUCGUGCUACGCCUUCUACUCGGCCAAGUUUGGCCAGACAUCGCAUCUGCUCGUGGAUUCCAUGUAUAGCGAUUACACCCCAGCCUUUUCUCUGCAACGAAAACGAACAGCAUACAUCCUGAGUCUCCUGGAGCGUCGAACGACAUCCGGCGCAUUAGCCACAUUCCCGCCAGAGCUGCGUCGCCUGGUUGCGCGGGACCUUGUUCGGGAGUACGCCGUGGUCAAUUUGCAUCACCUGGUGCAUACUGCACCGACUGUUCCCAACACCGUCACCAUUGACCUUGAGCAGGACGUGUAUGCGUCCUAUGUACGCAUUGAGGGUAGCACCUAUGUCCAGUCUCUUCACAACAAGGCGCCCCAGGGAGCCCGUCUGGACUGCAAGCAUAUCCAUUCCCCGCACCCGGGCCAGAUCGUACGCAAUAUAUUCUUGGAGUACGAUCACCUGGGCAUCCGAGGGGUUCACGUGUGCGCUCCCAGAAGUGAUUCUCAGCAGACGGCUGACAACGUAUGGUGGGUGGAGCUUCGACGACAGCAGGGACUUCGACAUAUCCUGGCUGUAUCUGAUGGGUUGAAGGUCAGGGGCAUCAUGGAUGGGAUGGAACAAGAUGCAACAGAUGGUUCCAUCCGCGGCCCUGCUUGGCCGGAGCCAGCCACGGAAUGCAAAGUGAUAGACCUCGAAGGACUCAAAAUUUCCACCUUUCCGCCCCGAGGAUUGAGAAUGAGCCAUGUCGAAUUCAAUGCGCCACAUGUCCAGGGGUAUUUUAUUGCUAUUUUCCGACGCCAGGUCAUAAAGUUGCAGGCACACCGCCAAACAGCAAGCCGGCAUUUCUACCAUGAUGCAGACAUUAUUUGCAAGGAUCUAACGUGGAUAUACAUGCCUGUAGAUCCGGGAGACUCGUCACUAACCGCGGCCGAGCAACGAUUUUGGGAAAGAUACCCAGUCCUCGGCAUUCCUAUUCCCGAGUCCAUGAGAUUGGAACUUCACCCUCAAAAGUAUACGUUAACGAAGUAG